CCCGCCCCUCGCCGCGCGCCGCUGGCGUCCCAACAUGGCGGCGGGCGGCGGCGGGCCGCUGGCGCUGCUGGUGCCGCUGGUGCUGCUGCUGGCGGCGGCGGCGGCGCGGUUGUACCGGGCGGGGGAGGACCCGCUGACCGUGUUGGCGGCCGGCUCGGUGCGGCGGGCGCUGCUCAACUCCUCGGCCGCCUGGGUGGUGCAGUUCUACAGCUCGUCCUGCGGCCACUGCAUCGCCUUCGCCCCCACCUGGCGGGCCCUGGCGGGGGACGUCAAAGACUGGGAAUCUGCAAUUAGAGUUGGUGUGCUGGAUUGUGGGGAAGAAGAGAACUAUGAGACGUGCAAAGAAUAUGGUAUUCACUAUUACCCAACUUUUAGGUACUUCAAAGCAUUUACAAAGCAGUUUACUACUGGAGAAAAUUACAAAGCAGGAGCAGAUAGAGAGCUGCAAACAGUUCGUCAGAUGAUGAUUGACUUCUUACAGAACCAUUCCCAAGAGUUGAGACCGCCUGCUUGCCCACCAUUGGAUCCAGUUUCGUCCAGUGAUAUUACUUCUCUUUUUGACAAGAACAGCCAUCAUUAUACUGCCAUUGUGUUUGAAAGUAAUAACUCCUAUGUUGGACGAGAGGUUAUCUUAGACUUGAUCCAGUAUGAAAAUAUCAUUGUAAAGAGAGCGUUGAAUUUUGAUAAGCCUUUUCUUGAGAAACUUGGUAUUACCUCAGUCCCUUCAUGCUAUCUGAUCCAUCCAAAUGGGUCCCAUGCAUUAAUUAACAUUUUGAAGCCUCUACGGUCUUUCUUUUCUUCGUAUUUAAAGUCAUUGCCAGGUGUAAGAAAAAAACUUCUUUUGCCACUUCAGCUACCUGUUCAAGAAAACAAAGAGGAGAGUACAGAAAUCAAGGUGUGGAAAGAGUUCGAUAAAUCUAAGCUGUACAUGGCUGACCUUGAAUCGGGAUUGCAUUACCUGCUUAGGGUAGAGCUUGCUACGCACAAGACACUUGAGGGAGCUGAGCUGAAGACCUUCAAGGAUUUUGUUACUGUCUCUGCCAAGCUUUUUCCUGGCCGACAGCCUGUGGUAAAGUUGUUAGAGACCUUGCAAGAGUGGCUGGUGAGCCUUCCAUUAGACAAAAUCCCUUAUGAUGCUAUCCUAGAUCUGGUCAACAACAAAAUGCGGAUUUCUGGGAUAUUUCUCACUAAGAAAGUUCAGUGGGUCGGAUGUCAGGGCAGCAGACCAGAGCUGAGAGGUUAUACCUGUUCCCUGUGGAAGCUGUUUCAUACCCUAACUGUUCAAGCUGCACUGCGACCGAAAGCUUUGAUAAAUACAGGUCUUGAAGACAAUCCCCAAAUAGUACUUCAGAUCAUGCGGAGAUACAUUCACCACUUUUUUGGAUGCAAGGCUUGUGCUCAGCAUUUUGAAGAAAUGGCUAAAGAGUCCAUGGAUUCCGUUAAAACCUUAGACAAGGCUGUUCUCUGGCUCUGGGAGAAACACAACGUAGUGAAUAACAGGCUCGCAGGUGAUUUGACUGAAGAUCCAAAAUUUCCCAAAGUUCAGUGGCCAACUCCAGACAUUUGUCCUGCAUGUCAUGAAGAAAUUAAAGGAUUACAUAGCUGGAAUGAAGCCCAAGUUCUACAAUUCAUGAAGUGUCACUAUAACACUGAAAAUAUUCUAUAUAAAUACACUGAAAGCCAGACUGACUCCAGCGAAACUGAACAGGGAGAUACAAGGGAGUUGAAAGACAAAAGCCUACUGAAGAAACCAAGUGGAAACAGAGAAAAUAAGAUCCAGGAUAAAGAAAGCAUACUCGAUUCAGAAUCUAAGGUGUUAGAUAAGCUAAUAGCAAACCAUGGACCUGUCAAAGAUAGCAGUAAAAGCGCAGUUGGAUCAGCUAACCUUAAAGAGACGAAGCAGGCCGUGUCUUUCUUAGGGAUUGGAUUUUCAAACAUAGACAUGAGUCUGUGUGUCAUACUGUAUGUAGCAUCAUCCUUAUUUUUAAUGAUAAUGUACUUUUUUUUCCGAAUGAGAUCUAAACGGUGGAGAGUGAAGUAUUAUCGUUCAUCUGUAUAGAAGUUUAAAUCGGAAACAAAGUUUUCAUUGUACGUGGCUGUUCAGUACCAGAUACAGCUUUAAUAUUUAUGAUCAGGGAUUUUAUAUACAGUAUUCCAUGUUUCAAAACCCUUUCUCCCCAAGUCAUUUCACAAGUGUUCUAGCUUAAUAUAUGGAGCUCGCUGUAAGAACCCUAAUCUUUAACUGAGGCAACAGUGCUAUCAUAAAAUGUCCACUAAAGGAAGCAUUGCAUUUUUCAGUUAAGAUUUUUCCAUGACUUACCACCUACAUCCUUUACUCAUUUUCAGAGUAAACAUUGCAUUAUGCAAUCAACUGUGCCUGGUUUUAGAAGGAAAUUGGAUAUUGUUUUGUGUACUUCAAGUCAGGUGUUUUUUUUAAUUUAUCCAGAGCUGAUUUUGCCUACCAGAGUACUGAACAGUUAUGCUGUUACCUUGGCUGCUUCAUUUGGAGAAGCAAGAAUUCUGAUUUUUUUUCAGGAAACAAGAGUUCUAUUCUGAUUAAAUCCAUUCUAAACCUAUGUGACUUUCUGAAAUAUUAUUUACACUGCAUAUUUAAAGUAGAAAGCAUUACAUGUUCAAAUAAGUCUUCCAUUCUCGUGUGCGUUCCAGCCAAGGAUGUGUAUGUUUCUGCUAGGGUGAGAGUUUUGGGGCAGUUUGUAUCUCAGUAAGCAGCCUGAUUCCACUUGCUAAUGCUGUCAUCCAUUUUAAUUGAGUUUAAAUGUAAGCAAGGACAGCCUUGGACCCAGUGCAUUACUUGCUCCUCUAUUGGAUGUGUUAACGGAGCAUUAGAUAACUCGCCUCACUCAUUUAUGAACCAGAAAAGUAGCUGAGUAAUUAUUGUGUUAUCCAGAUGGAAGCCAAUUCUGAUGAACUCUAAUAAAGGGAAACAGUGUUUUCAGUGAAGGACAGUGAAAUUUGCAUCAGCAUGCCAGAACAAAUUUACAGAUCUGGAAAUACUAAGUUUCUUACGAUGUUGAAUAACUCCAUUACAAUUUAGUAAUUUUCUCCUUGUAAGGUGGGGUAAGCACUUCAUUUGGUAUUUCCAGUUCUGAGCUCACAGAAUAUCACCUGCUAGCUGUAAAGUUGUCUGUAUAGUACUUAGAAGAACAGCCCAUUUCUCUUGCCCUUCUGCUGGAGUGCUCCUCUGUUUGGGUCAGGAAGGGUUUAACUAAUGGUUAAGUCUGAGAGCUGCUCCAUUCUGGGAUGUGGCAGUAAUUGGGAAUAUGGCAGUUGCCUUCACAGGUCUGUCUGGUUGCCUGGGGUCCUGGCUGGCAGCAAUUAGAAGAAACCAUGAAAACAAUUAUAAAAUUACCAUGUGGAAUAGGAGUUCCUUUCUGAUCCUGGCUGUGGGGGAUAAUUCACGUCCUGGAUAGUGAAGUUUAUAAUCCUAUCCAAUGUAAUUGAGCAUGUUCUAGUUAUCCAUUACCUAAUCUUUAGUUAAUCCUAAUAGGUUUUGGCCUCAAUGUUUUCUUGUGGCAGUGAGUUCUACAGAUUAAUUAUGUUAUAUAAAAAGGCUUUUCCUUUCAAUUCUACAUUUGCAACUUUUAAUUUAAUUGAACGUUUGCUGGCUCUUCUGCUACACGAGAAGGAAUAAAUAGUCCCUGGCCAAUUCAUUGUAUUUACACUGUUAGUGUGUCGUCCUCUUAUUUCCAUCAUAAGCUCUAGGAUAAAAAGUUUUAAAGCCUAGCAACAAGAAUGGUCUAAAAGCACAAAAACUCAACGGGGAUGUUUUUUCGUAAUCAAAUCUUGUUUGUUCACAAAACUGAACAUUUCUGACACGAGUUUCUACAGCUACCAAUUGGAAUAGCAAAAUUGGGCUUCAAAGAUUUAUUGUCCCUUGUUCCUUAAGUUUAUCAGAAUAACAUACACAAAGUAAUAACCUUCUGUGGUUAUUGUAAACGUGUCAGAGGAAAAAAAAAAGCUCCAUUCACAUGACACUGUUGGUGUGACAUACAGAAAGAGGCGCAUUUUCAGGCUUUCUUAAACCAUCUUCACUGUUUAUUGUAUGCACCCGAUGGCUCUUGCUCCAAUGUGAGAAACUUGACUCCAUGCUCUCUCGGCGAAGCUGGGUGCCAGCUCCUCCCUUCUGCCAUAUGCUGCCUCCGCGGAGCCAAGAGCUGCUGGGAGCACCUGUGGGCAGCUGCUGCUGCCUAUGGUCUGACCUGAAAACUUUUCUCUAAUUUUGACAUUAAGUCUGUGACGUUAAGUCAGUCUGUGCUUUUUAAGAACCCUCACUGUUCAGGAGUUCUGGCACAAGGAGCCAUCAUGGGUCUCCCUCUUCUUUAGGAAUUUAUAAGAGUCCCUAUAAUUACCUUUAUAGCACCUGGGCUUGAAUAUUAAAACAACUCGUGAGUAACUAGAAAGAUAGUGAACCAAUGGUGGAGGGUCGUCCAGGCUGGCUCAUUGGUGCCACUUGCUUUGUGCUGGAAUCCAGUGAGAGGUCCCAGGAAGAGGCUCGUUAAGAAGAAAGCCCAGAGUUUCCAAAUUUAGUUUUGAAAAUCAGACAUUUAAGUGACCUAAUCUGGGGAGACGUUGAUAUCAGCUGAGAAGCAAGGACAUAUAGCUUCUCAAAAAACCCCACCCAAACACCAAAAAAACCAAAACCGCAGCAUAGCAAGUAUUGGAUCUGAAAAGUUUGGGCAGUUUCUGUGGGACUAUUGAAUUUCCUGCUGUCAGUAUUGUUGCACAUUUUGAAGUUGAAAAUAGGUCAUUACUGCUGUUGUUUAGAACUCUACCAAAUAUAUAGAUCUGAGUUUGUUAGCUUUGACUCAUUCUGCUUAUUUUCAUCUGCAUAUGGAAACAAAAGGCUUUGAAGGUUUGUAGGGAUGAUUUUGCCAUUAAAACAGCAGCAAAUGUGGUUUUGGAAUAAGGGGGUUUUUUUGCUACACACCAUUAACUUUCAUGUUGCUGUGACCCUGCUGGAAACAUGACAAAACCAAACGAUACUGAAACCUCCUGUGUUCUUUUUUUUCUUAAGAGUGUAAAAGCAUGAAAUUAGGAUGUUGAUUACCUGUGUUGGUGCUCUAACUCUGUUGCCAGUUAACCGGCCAAGGCUUUCACUUUAAUUGCUAGUAGUGACCUCACCUGGAAAAGUUUUCUUGACUUUGAAUUCAGUUGUGUAAAUCUUGGUUUACUUGUUCUUAUUUUCUAUCUUUAUAAUGACAAAUUACAUCCUUUUAUGUACUCUGACUGUAAAGUUGUAUUAUGUCAGCUGGUGAAUGUGUGAUGCUGCUUUGCCGUGGUGCAUUAUCGGUGGGUGAGUUACAAGAAAGUGUUUCCUUUUCAAAACUGCCUCAAACCACCAUCUCCUCAGUCCUGGAGGUUUUAUUUGUGUAUUGUGUUGUACCACAGAAGUUUCUUCAAUGCCACUUUCAUUUGUGGACUAGCGGCAGUCAUUUCCAAGAAGGAUUUCUUGGCCCUUUGUAAUUCAUGGAGGCUUCUUUGCUCUUUGGAUGUUUUUAAAGAGGAAAUAUUAAACCUGCAUAGAAAAUAAAGGGAGUACUGUGGAAUGUGCCAGAAGAGAAAGGAAGCUGCAAGUGCUAAAGAAAGCUAAUGAAGUUAUUCCUGAAAACUCUUGAUUUUUAAUUUCCAGCAGUGUAUCCGUCCUGCUGUUCCUGCUCAGAACUGGACGGGAAGAACUACAAUCUUAGCAAGAGGUCCAAGGUGUGUUGUCUAGGUCUGUGCAUUGCAUAUGAGGUGUUAAAAAUAGUGAAUGUACCGUUUCAGUAAUUUAAAUGUUUUAUUUAUUUUAAUUCAAUAACUUGACAUUUCAAGUCUCUCAUGUUUGGUUGGUUUGGUUUUUUUACUCAGUCUCAUACCUCUCUUGGAAGGAAAAGUGACUGUUUUGUACUAAAUUGUAAACUAAUGUGCUUGUUUAAAAUAAAUUGCAAACAUUUGGGCAAA